GCCAAAGGCAAUCAGAAAGCCAAGCUGCAUUGCUUUGCCCAACCCCUCUCUUUUGCCCCAAAGUAUACGCUCCUUGAAACAAAGCUGCCAGACAGAAUUAACAGAAUGUCGAACCCAGUUAACGUUCCUAGGUGGACUCCAAACGCAAGCCCAACAAGGUUACCUCACCCAGAAACCAUUUCGCAGGAGAGGGAUGAUGACACGGAGAUGGGAAGCAUUGUGUCUGAAGAAGAACCCAUGUCCAUGUCCCACGGCAUGGAAAGGACUUUCCCUUUCAGCACUUACUCCGCUCCUCCACCUUCUACGUUUCCCAACCCCAAGGACAAGGUCAUCCACCCUCAACCUGCCUAUAGCUUGAGAAUUGAAACCGAUGAAAUUACGCACCACGUGGAGGCCAGAGAGGUUCAGUUGUCCAACCAUGGCCAUGCCGCCUAUGCUUCUCGCGCUCCACUAACUGUUCCUUUGGAGUACCGACAGGACGGCAUCUACUUGACAUGGAAGGAUCUGUGUGUUACGGUCUCCGACGCGAAAAGCGGGACACGGGCCAUCCUUCAGGGUCUCACCGGUUACGCCCAGCCCGGCGAGGUCUUGGCCAUCAUGGGUCCUUCCGGUUGCGGCAAGUCAACUCUCCUUGAUACUUUGGCUGGGAGACUAGGUUCGAACACGAGACAAUCUGGAGAUAUCCUUGUUAAUGGACGAAGACAAGCACUGGCAUUUGGGACCUCGGCUUAUGUGACUCAAGAUGAUACUCUAAUGAUGACAUUAACUGUUAGAGAAGCAGUUUACUACUCUGCCCAGCUUCAGCUGCCCGACUCCAUGCCGCUGUCCGAGAAGAGGGAAAGAGCAGAGAUCACUAUCAGGGAGAUGGGGUUGCAAGAUGCAAUGAACACCAGAAUUGGAGGGUGGGGUCACAAAGGGCUUAGUGGCGGCCAAAAGAGGAGAGUCAGCAUCUGUAUUGAGAUCUUGACCCGCCCAAAGCUUCUUUUUCUGGACGAACCCACCAGCGGUCUUGACAGUGCGGCUUCCUACCAUGUCAUGAACCGAAUCGUACGCCUAGCCCAACAGGAUGGAAGGACAGUCGUCGCUUCCAUCCAUCAGCCCAGCAGUGAAGUUUUUGAGCUCUUCCACAAUCUUUGUCUUCUUUCUGCUGGUAAAACGGUCUACUUUGGCCAGGCUUCAGCAGCAAGCGAGUUCUUUUCAUCAAAUGGUUUCCCAUGUCCAAGUCUGAGAAACCCAUCGGAUCACUACCUUAGGACGAUCAACAAAGACUUCGAUACGGACGUCGAACAGGGCUUUGAUGGGAAGACUAUAAGCACUGACGAAGUAAUUAACAUUCUUGUAAAGUCAUACAAGUCAUCUGAGACUUGCCAGCAAGUGAAAAGACGGGUAGCAGAGAUAUGCAAAAGGGAAGGUGCACCUUUGGAGAAGAAGGGCAGUCAAGCUAGCUUCCUUUCGCAGUCUUUCGUUCUAACGAAACGAUCUUUUGUGAACAUGUAUCGUGAUCUUGGGUACUACUGGUUGCGGCUUGCAAUCUAUAUCGCUCUAUGUCUCUGCGUAGGUACUAUAUAUUUCGACAUCGGCCACAGCUUCGGCUCCAUUCAGGCUAGGGGCUCGAUGUUGAUGUUUGUCGCUGCCUUCUUGACAUUUAUGGCCAUCGGUGGAUUUCCUUCUUUUGUUGAGGACAUGAAGAUCUUCCAACGAGAGAGAUUGAAUGGGCACUACGGAGUGGGUGCAUUCGUUCUGGGAAAUUCGUUUUCUUCCAUCCCCUACUUGCUUCUCAUUUCUCUGAUUCCAGGAGCAAUUGCUUAUUAUCUCGUGGGUCUUCAGAAGGGAGCUGAGCACUUCGUCUACUUUGCUCUGGUGCUCUUCGUAUGCAUGUUAUUGGUCGAGAGCCUGAUGAUGAUCGUCGCGAGUGUUGUGCCAGAUUUCCUCAUGGGUAUUAUCACAGGAGCUGGAAUUCAGGGUGUGAUGAUGUUGAAUGGUGGGUUCUUCCGACUGCCGGACGAUCUUCCGAAGCCUUUCUGGAAAUACCCAAUGUACUAUAUUGCCUUCCACAAGUACGCUAACCAAGGGUUCUACAAGAAUGAGUUUGAAGGUUUGACGUUCCCCAACAAUCUAGCAGGAGGUCCACCCACCAUCACUGGAGAUGAAAUUUUGAGGGACACGUGGCAAGUGGAGAUGGGUUAUUCUAAGUGGGUGGACCUUGCAAUCUUGUUGGGGAUGGUUAUCUUGUACAGAUUCAUGUUCUGGGCUAUUAUCAAGACUGUUGAGAAGAUGAAGCCCAUGAUCAGGGCUUUCUUAGCUACCCCUCCCAAUCAAAUGGCACAGAUCAUGGAGACUCCCUCUACAAGUUAAAAAACUGAAUUUGGUGUAUCACUGUAUUAAUAUUAUGCAGUAUUAUGUGGCAUGUGUGCUCGCUCAAUUUUCGUUGACGUGCACUUGUUUUAAUUGAGUGAGGCGCACUUAAAUGUGACUUGCUUUUUCAAAAAUAUAUAGUAGUUCAUGAUGUAUAAUCA